AGUUUUAUAAGUUUAGAAAUCAAUAUUUGGUGGAAUAACCUUGGUUUUUAAUAACAGUUUCCAUGCAUUUUGGCAGGUUCUCCUCCACCAGUCUUACACAUUGCUUAGUGUUCUAUUAUUGCUGUUCUAUUUGUGGGUCAGCAUAUCUGAGAUAAUGUUUAGUGAUAAGAUAUUGCUGCAGUGAGUUCAUUUAAAGCCUGCAUAGGUAAGAUAAAUGCCUAAUACAUUAUCUACACAGCCCUCAGGCCAAAUAUGGGAUAAGAGCAUUCUUUCUGACCGUAUUUAGUCAUGAGAUCCGCCUACUUCCUUUAUCUGCCCUGAUCCUCAUAAAACAUGAUCCAUAUAAACAUUUUUCAACAGGCUUGUCCUCAGUGUAGAGCUGCAGUACUCUAUAAAGGAAGACAAUCAGCUGGAGAGCUUGUUUUCCUGGUUGAGGAGAAAAAUGGACAUUUUCUCGUAUGUUUCCGUGACAUGGAGUCUGGUGGUGCUGGUGAUCACCCUCCUGUAUAUUUAUGGCGUUUGGCCGUAUGGGUUUUUUAAAAAGCUGGGGAUCCCGGGACCGAAGCCCUGGCCUUUCUUUGGAACCUUUCUUUCAUAUACAAAGGGCUUUUACAAAUUUGAUACAGAGUGUUACAAGAAAUAUGGAAAGGUUUGGGGGAUCUUUGAUGGAAGGUUGCCAAUUCUGAUGGUGUCAGAUUAUGAAAUGAUCAAAUCCAUCAUGGUGAAAGACUGUUAUUCUGUCUUUACUAACAGAAGGGAAACAAACAAGGAUUUGGCCGGACCUUUUGCAGAUGGAAUAUCUAUUGUAAAAGAUGAGAAAUGGAAGAGGAUCCGUGCUUCUGUCUCUCCGUUCUUCACAAGUGGAAAACUUAAAGAGAUUUUCCCAAUAGCUGAGAAACAUGGAGAUCGCUUCAUUGAGAGCCUGAAAAAGAGAAAUCCAGAGGAGGCGGUUAAAAUUAAAGAUGUUUUUGCUCCUUACUCGAUGGACGUGGUUGCCAGCGCCUCCUUUAGUGUUGAUAUGGAUUCUAUAAAUAACGCUAACGACCCUUUUGUCGUCCAUAUUAAGAAAUUUUUCAACUUUAGCUUCUUCAGUCCUAUUUUCCUGUUGCUGACUCUGUUUCCCUUCCUUGCUGGACUUUUGGGGAAAAUGGGAAUAACUCUUUUUUCAAAGUCAGACAUGGCGUUUUUCUACGGUGCUCUAAAGAAGUUAAAAGAGCAGAGUAAUAGAACUGAUAAUAAACGAGUGGAUUUUCUGAAGCUCAUGAUCCAGGGCCAGAUAUCUGAUGAGCAGGCUGAGAGCACCUCUGGUGAGCAACCAGUCAAAGGGUUGACUGAUCAUGAGAUCCUGUCCCAGUCCUUCAUUUUCAUACUGGGUGGUUAUGAGACCACCAGCACCACCCUCACUUUUCUGCUGUAUAAUCUCGCCACUAAUCCCGACUCCUUGGACAAACUGGUUGAAGAAAUCGACAAAACGUUUCCUCGUAAUGCUCCAGUUACAUAUGAUGCCCUGAUGAAGCUGGAGUAUCUGGAAAUGGUCAUCAAUGAGUCGAUGCGUCUCCUCCCCACCGCCCCCCGUCUGGAGAGGGUGUGUAAGAAGACCAUCGAGCUCAAUGGAAUCACCAUACCUAAAGACACGCUGGUCGCAAUCCCCACUUAUGUUAUGUACAGGGAUCCACAGCUGUGGGAAUCUCCAGAAGAGUUCAGGCCUGAGAGGUUUAGUCCCGAGAACAACAUCGACCCCUACCUGUUCAUGCCGUUCGGUCUCGGGCCGCGUAACUGUGUGGGAAUGAGGUUUGCUCAGAUGAUCAUGAAGCUGGUUGUGGUGAAGCUGCUGCAGAACUUCAGCGUAGAGACAUGCAAAGAGACACAGAUUCCCAUUCAGCUCUCCGCUUUCUUCCAGCCCACAGUUCCUGUUACUCUGAAGUUUAUACCAAGAGUUCACAAAGAGGAAUAACAGAAGAGUUCACUUUGAGCAGCCCAUUAUAGAGCAGAAGCUAUUUAAUGUUUUUAUUUUUAUAAUAGAAAAAGCAAGAAUGUGCUGAUGCAGAAACUGAGAAACUGGGACCUACCUGAAUCUGGAGGUGGCUCUUUACAUUUUGCCAGAAUGUCAUGAUGAGUGGAUUAAUAGAAAUGCUUCAAAAUUAUUUGGAAUAAAGUCUUUUUACAUAUUUUUCAUUGUCUUGUAAUCUUAAAUAAAUAAAAUGUAAAAUA